CUCCGUUUCCAUGGCCGCUGAUUUGGAAUGGAAAGCUGCCGAGAUCGUGGCCGUGCUUGGCUGGCUGCUCUCGCCCGUCAUCACCUUGCUCCUGCCCAAGGUCCUUGCCUGCCUCGGCUUCGACGCCUCGCAGAAGCUCCGGGAGCUGGAGAUCCACAUCAUCCCGGAGCUGAAGAAGACGAUGAGGGCCUUGGAUCAGGAGAGGAUGAUGCAGAGAGGGAAUAGAGUGAAAACCGAUUUGGACGCGCUGGACAAGAUGGCCGCCAUGCUCAGGCACGCUCUCGAGGAUGCCGAAGACAUCUCCGACGAUUCCCAAGAGAAGAUUGCCGUCAGGUGCCGGCAUCGGCUCCGCCGCGCUUUUGCCGCCUGCAUUGCUCUCUGCAAAAGCAGCUGCGUCUCGAUUGCACGCCUCGUCCGGACAAAAUCAGCUCGGCUGCUGCAGUGGGCACGGGACAUCUCCUUGUCUUUGUUCCUCCUACCCAGGUCAGAGGAGCCUGUUCCGGCGAAUAACAGUGCCGCCAUCACAAACAAGCCCAUUCCAGUGAUUAUUGAUAUUCCGGUGACUACCAAUGCUGAGGCCUCCGGCAAUGUGCGGUGGCUCUCUUGCUUGUGCACCUCGUUUGACUUGUUCAAGAACUGUGGUACAUCACUAUACAGCUGGUUAGCUCAUGUGUUUGAGGCUGCCUGCUUUUACAGAGACUGGUCAUACCAAGUGGUUGGCAUCAACAAAUGUCAGGAGAAUGCCUCCUUAUUUGAUAUGUUAGAUGUAUUCUUUACUGCUAUGUCAAGAUUGAAAUUGAAGAAAAGGAUACAGCAGGUGGAAAACACCGUCAGUGAAGUGAAGAAGUCGCCACUCUUGGGUGUGGCAGGCAACAGCACACCAAAAGACAUUGCCAACAAAAACAGGAGAGAACUUGGAGCUGCUAGCAAGCGGGAGGUAUUCGGUCGAGAGGCGUUGCGUGAUGAUAUCAUGGCAAGGCUGCGUGAGACACCACAGGGUGAUGCACCAAGCUAUAGUCCAUGUUACUCUGUGAUUGGCAUAUAUGGCGUUGCAGGGUCUGGGAAGACUACCUUUGCAGGAUAUAUUCGAGAUUACAUAAAGGAGGAAUGCAAGGAGGAGAAACUUUUUGACACCAUCAUGUGUAUUCAUGUGUCAGAGACUUUCAGUGUGGAGGAUAUAUUUCAAGAAAUGCUGAAGGAUAUUAGCGAAGAUAGUCUCUCUGGUAUUUCAGAUCAUAGGGGACUAAACAAAAAGUUGAAGGAAGCAUUGCGUGGCAAACGUUUCUUGUUGAUAUUGGAUGAUCUCUGGGUGAAGAACAAGAAUGACCAACAACUGGAGGAACUAAUCUCUCCACUCAAUGUUGGGUUGAAAGGGAGCAAAAUCCUGGUGACGGCUCGAACAAAAGAAGCAGCUGGAGCUCUGUGUGCCGAUAAACUUAUUGAAAUGCCUGAUUUGGAUGAGGAUCAAUACAUGAAGAUGUUUAUGCAUUAUGCUCUGAGUUGCAAAAGUAUUGCCCUUAAAGAAUUUGAACAAGUUGGGAGAGAGAUUGCCAAAAAACUACACCGAUCACCUAUUGCAGCAGUAACAGUUGCAGGACGGCUUGGGGCAAACCCAAAUAUCAGUUUUUGGAAAAAUGUUGCAAAGCUUGACAUGUUGAAUGACACCAUGGAUGCUCUUUGGUGGAGCUAUAAGCAGCUUAAUCCAGACAUAAGGCGAUGCUUUGAAUUCUGCAAUAUUUUCCCCAGAAGAUUCAAACUGGAAAAAGACCAAUUAGUCCGCCUCUGGAUAGCACAAGGGUUUGUAAAGACCAGUUGUGCAACAGAGGAGAUGGAAGAUGUAGCCGAGGGCUACAUUCAAGAGUUAGUGUCAUGCUCAUUUCUGCAACCAAAAGGAACAAGGUCGCUGAUGGAGGGUUCUAAUACUGAUUGCUUUACAAUUCAUGAUCUGCUGCAUGAUUUAGUAAACAAGGUCGCUGGAAGUGAUUACUUCAGAAUCGAGAAUGAAAGGGGCCAUAGAGGAGAAGGCUGGAAAGGAGAUGUCCCUCGAGAUGUCCGCCAUCUUUUCGUUCAAAAUUAUGAUGGGGAAUUAAUUACCAAUAAGAUCCUUGGAUUGGAAAAUUUACGCACUCUCAUCAUCAAUGUUGUUGCAUGCGAUACACCAGUUGAGGAAAAGGUCCUUGAGAGUAUAUGCAUGAGGCUGCUGAAGUUGCGGGUACUGGCCAUUUCUUUCAACAUGAUACAUUAUCUGUUCGGUAAUCCCAAUAAGUUCUUGGUCCCAGAAUCCAUUAUUCAGUUAAAGCACCUCCGCUAUCUAGCUGUCCUGAAAAGUCGCCAUUGCAAGGUUAUUUUACCAUGCACACUAGCUAAACUUGUCCAUAUCCAGAUGCUAGAUUUUGGUGAAGGCGAAAUUUCGGAAUUUACAUUUUCUGACCUUACCAACUUGCGGCACAUAUUCUGCGCGUAUGUGAACUUUCCUAACAUAGGCAGGCUGAGCUCACUUCAAACAAUACCAUCCUUCAGUGUAAGGAAUGAAGAGGGUUAUGAGAUAAAGCAGCUUAGGGACUUAAACAAGAUUCGUGGCAAGCUGUGGAUCAAUGCCGUUGGACAUGUUAAAAGCAAGGAGGAAGCUCUUGAAGGCAAUCUAGCUGCCAAGGAAAGGCUCAUGGAACUGGCACUAUCCUUUUUGACUAUCAAUAAAAGGGGCAAUGCGGAAGUUGCAGCAGAGGUGCUUGAGGGCUUGUGCCCUCCCGUGGGGCUUCAAGCACUGUCUAUCUGGUGGUACAGCGGCUCGAGGUACCCAGAUUGGAUGGUGGGUAAGCUGAAGAGUAGCCCGAAGGACCUGCAAAAACUUAUGUUCUGGAUUUGCGGCCAACUGGGACCUGGUCCUCAACUUGAGGCUUUCCCUCAUCUUCGUGUGCUCGAGAUUUGGCGCUGCAGCUGGGACGCCUUACCAGGCAAUAUGGAGCACCUCACAUCGCUUGAGACACUGGAGAUCAGGGAAUGCAAGAAUAUCCGGUCGCUCCCAACACUGCCCCGGUCUCUCUUGAAGUUUGAUCUUAUUUUGUGCGAUGAUGAGCUCAUGAAGGGUUGUCAAACAGAAGGAGACCCAAACUGGCUUAAGAUAAUACACAUCCCCAAGAAAUAUUUUGAUCCAUGCUUUUCGUUGCUAACUCUGCUUAAUGUUUGUUCAGCACUCAAGCCCCACAGGAAGGCCCUUCCCUUGGCUCUCAAGCGCUUUAGGCCUGAGCAAGAUGGUGAAUGGAGUGUGAAGCCAGCAGGAAGUUGUGUGCUAUAUAUAUGUAUGUCAGUGAACUGGAUGUUUGAGUUCUCUUUGUCUGCUCUCAAGUAUUAUGUUUGGCUCUCUUUGUCUGGUUUCAACCAGCAGCAGCUCCUCUGCUUCUCUUCCUGCUCUGCUUGCUACGGUUACUAG